GAGGCGCUCUCCGACGUGCGCACGCGCGUUGCGAAUCAACGUCUCCCGUCGCAGGCCUGUCUGCGCAGGCGCGUCGCGGAGGGGCGGGACUGGCGUCCGCAUCCCUUCUUCCAACUGCAGAUUGUGGCAGCGCCAUUUUGAACCUGCGGCUGCCGAGGGCGUGAGUUUCGGGAGGCUGGGCUGCGGCCUCGGUUCCCCGGGCGGUGUCUCCCCUCAUUUUCUCUGGUGUGUUUCCAUAGAUACACGCGGAGACGUCUUCGUCUUUACCUCUGGGCCUGGUCUCCGGUAUCCGAGGCGGACUCGUGGAAGAUGAUGUUACGGGGAAACCUGAAGCAAGUGCGCAUCGAGAAGAACCCGGCCCGCCUUCGCGCGCUCGAGUCCGCAGCCGGCGAGGGUGAGCCGCCCACCGCGGCGGCGGCGGCGGCCAUGGCGCUGUCGCUGGCGGGGGAGCAGGCCCCGCCGGGCGCCGCGCCGUCGGAGGAGCACCCCGAGGAAGAGGCGGGCUUCACCAUCGACAUCAAGAGCUUCCUGAAGCCGGGCGAGAAGACGUACACGCAGCGCUGCCGCCUGUUUGUGGGGAACCUGCCCACCGACAUCACCGAGGACGACUUCAAGCGGCUCUUCGAGCGCUACGGCGAGCCCAGCGAGGUCUUCAUCAACCGCGACCGCGGCUUCGGCUUCAUCCGCCUGGAAUCCAGAACACUGGCUGAAAUUGCAAAAGCAGAAUUGGAUGGCACCAUUUUGAAGAGCAGACCCCUCCGAAUUCGAUUUGCUACACAUGGAGCAGCCUUAACUGUCAAGAACCUUUCUCCAGUUGUUUCCAAUGAGCUCCUAGAGCAAGCAUUUUCCCAGUUUGGUCCUGUAGAGAAAGCUGUUGUGGUUGUGGAUGAUCGUGGUAGAGCUACAGGAAAAGGUUUUGUAGAAUUCGCAGCAAAACCUCCUGCACGAAAGGCUCUGGAGAGAUGUGGUGAUGGGGCAUUUUUGCUAACAACUACCCCUCGUCCAGUCAUUGUGGAACCCAUGGAGCAAUUUGAUGAUGAAGAUGGUUUGCCAGAGAAACUAAUGCAGAAAACGCAACAAUAUCAUAAGGAAAGAGAGCAACCACCACGAUUUGCUCAACCUGGGACAUUUGAAUUUGAGUAUGCAUCUCGAUGGAAGGCUCUUGAUGAAAUGGAAAAACAGCAGCGUGAGCAGGUUGAUAGAAACAUCAGAGAAGCCAAAGAGAAACUGGAAACAGAAAUGGAAGCAGCUAGGCAUGAACACCAAUUAAUGCUAAUGAGGCAAGAUCUAAUGAGACGUCAGGAAGAACUCAGACGCUUGGAAGAACUCAGAAACCAAGAGUUGCAAAAACGGAAGCAAAUACAGCUCAGAGGCUGUGGUGGUACAGAAGGAAGACCAGGGCAAGGCACUAGGCAUGAAGAAGAACAUCGUCGUCGUGAGGAAGAAAUGAUCCGGCAUAGAGAACAGGAGGAACUGAGGCGACAGCAGGAAGGCUUUAAACCAAACUAUAUGGAAAAUAGAGAACAGGAAAUGAGAAUGGGUGAUUUGGGUCCCCGUGGAGCAAUAAACAUGGGAGAUGCGUUUAGCCCAGCACCUGCUGGUAACCAAGGUCCUCCUCCAAUGAUGGGUAUGAAUAUGAACAACAGAGGAACUAUACCUGGCCCUCCAAUGGGCCCUGGUCCUGCCAUGGGACCAGAAGGAGCUGCAAAUAUGGGAACUCCAAUGAUGCCAGAUAAUGGAGCAGUGCACAAUGAUAGGUUUGCUCAAGGACCACCAUCCCAGAUGGGUUCACCUAUGGGGAGUAGACCGGGUCCUGAAGCCCCUCAAGCACCAAUGAGUGGUGUGGUUCCUGUGAGUGGUGGGCCUGGUGGCUUUGGUAGAGGGAAUCAAGGGGGCAACUUUGAAGGCCCUAAUAAGCGUCGUAGAUAUUAAAUAUUCUUUCAUUCCUGCCUAUUUAGAAGAGAAUAUUCAGUGGUAUGCCUUUACACUUUUACCUGUUAUCGGAAGAAAUAGUUUUUAUUGUUAAUGUUCGUAGAGUUAAACUUUUUUUCUUAUGUAAAACUUGAGGUUUUUGUAUUUUUCUUUAUUCAUAAGCUUUGUAGAUUAGAAUGAUGAUGCUUAUCAUUGUGAAUGUUAAAAUGUGUUUGUGACUUUAGCUAAGUAUAACUACGCCACAUUACUGUGAAAUUUAUGUAGUUAAUCUCAAUAAAGAAAUCUUUGGAUAAUUUAAAACUGCUACUAGUGGUAUUCCCUUAUGGUUUUACUAAACUUUGCUGUAAUAGUAAUAUUUUGGUUGCUCUAAUCCCAUCCAUAUAAAAGUGAAAAUGAUUUCACUUUAUAGUUUGUAUAAGUGUCCCUGAAGAUAGAAGAACAUAAUGUCCAAACGGUAGGUAGAGUUAUAUAUUUGGGGGUGGGAGGGCAUGAGAGUUUAAUUUGUAUAAACACUUGCUGUUCUGUUAAAUUGGAGUUGUUGCUUAGUUUAAUAGAUUCUGAGUAUUCAAAUAUUCAUAGGAGGAUUAUUAAGGGUAUCUUUGUCCUGUGCUGAUUUUUCAAAAUAAAUCUUUUGAAUCUUGAAAAAAACUGUUUGAAGACAAAUCUCUUUGCUUAUAAAAUAGUAUUUUAAUUUACCUAUGAUCACUCAUUUGGUUACCUAUGAUCACUUAUUUGGUAUCAGUAUCCAGAUCUAACAGAUCUUAUCACUAUAUAGUUAAUGUUAAUUUUAAAAAUCAAACAAUAUUGUUGGGUUAGCACAUAAAGGAGACUUUGCGAUGUGAUUGAUGGUUAGACAUUUGUUCACAAUGUUGAGUUCUAGUAGUAUUACAAAGAUGGCUUGACUUCAUAGUAAAAUUCUCUAAUGACUAAAGGGCUGAAUCUAAGGAAUACAGUUCAAAUGGGGAUUUUAAAAGCAGAGUUUACUUCAGGCUGAUUGUAAUCAGAAAGCUGAGGCAGGAGAAUUGAGUGUUUUAAGACAGCAGAGACCCUGUCUCAGAAACAAACCAAAACAAAGAAUGGUAGGAUUGUUGCUCUUACUCUUGUAGAACAACUUGUUUUGAAAUUUGAUUUUCAGUACUUAGGGAAAAUGAUUUCAUUACAUUGUAAUAUUUAUUUCAAAAUAUACUUCGCUAUAUUUAUGGUCAUGUUGAUCUUGUAUGUUUAAAAUUACACUAAGGAAUCUCAUAUUUAACCUGUAGUAUCUAAUUCACCCUAGUAGUUACCUCGCAUAUAUCAUUUCAGUGUGUCAAUAUAUCCUGGUUUUGUUUUUUUUACCAUAAUUCUAAAAAAAUAACAUGCUAUUUUAAAGUAGACCGUAUGUAAAUAGUUCCAUCCUUUCUGUUUUUGGCAGAGAUGUAUUUUGGUUAUGAAUCUUUCAUAAAAGCAAUUGGUUGUAAAGCAUAAUUGAGGUGCAUUUUGUUCUAAAUACUCGUGUGUGUGUGUGUGUGUGUAUUGUGUGUAUUUAAGAUACAACAGUGGGUAGAUAGGAUUUUUUUAAAUUUGCAAUAUUCACAGGCUUUUGUUUUUGGCAAUUCCUUGAAAACAUAAUUAGAAGAUUGGUGGUAAAAACAAUAGCUGAAGACUUUUCUCAUUACCUUUUCCAUAAAUAUAAGGUGAUGUGAGUGAGGUUUAUUUUAAUUUGUGACAUUAAUGUGGGUGUGACUGUAUUUCAUUUAAACCUACCUUUCCCAUCAUGUGUGCUUUAGUCAUAAUAAUCCUUCAGUAAUUAUUAGCAUUGCAUUUUAUUAAAAUCUGAAUUAAGAUUGGAAGAAACAUGAUUCUUUGAUGUUACUAUGCAUUGAACUUUGGCCAAAGCUGUGAAAUGUUGUACAAUUCAUUCAAGAAUAUUUGAAAGUCAGUGCACAAAGAGAUACCCCAAUCUCCUGAACAUCCUAAUGUCCAGGCUCAACUCUCCAAGAACAAACAGAUUUCUACACAGCUUUCCCCCUGCAGCAGGAAAAUCCUUGUUCCAGUACUUACAAGUUUAUCCUGGAAGCAGUCAGCUUCUGAGUGACAGUCAAGUGGAGCAUCUCUGAAUUUAGAGUUAUUCAGUUUUAGUGUUUUUGUAUAGCUGAACCAAGUUUGUGACUAAUUUACUCAGUAUUUUUUCUUGUGAAUUAGUAUAAUAAGGAAGAGUUUUAAAUGUCAUUUGGUUAAAACUAGUAUGACAAAAUUAGGUUUUCUAAAGUGUGAAGUUGUCAUACUACCAACAAUAUGAAAACAGUAUUUAUAUUAUAAUACCAUCAUCUUAUGUUUCUCACUGUGCCAUCAUUUGAACUAACA